CCCCACCACCACUGUGAACUGAACUCAAACAUGAUCCAGUAUCCUAAGAGCUUAUAUUCCCCCUUCACCAUUCUCGCCUCGCCUUCUUGUCCGCUGCUCGCUGCUUCUCGCCUUAGCCGUCGCGCCGUCGAGCUCCAACAGCGUGAUUCUCCUUGUCGCACGCCCCUAGCCUUGCUGCUCUAGUAGCCGCCGCGCCUUGGUUCCUCCCUGCCAGCGCACCAGCAGGCGAUAGGCGGCAAGCGUUGGCGACAGGCGAUACCCGACUGGCGGUUGGCGAUUGAGAAUUGGCGAUUCGCGACUGUCCAUUGACGAUUGACGAUUAACGAUUGCCAUUGACAACUGGCGACCGAGAUAGGGGAGUAGGCGAUCGGUGACAGGAGAGGCGGCGGGCGAUGGAGGAGGAGGAGGAGCAGCUGCACUGUCUGGGCACGCGGUGCUUCCAGUCGCCGCACGACAGCUACCGCCUGCCCACCUACUACGACGUCCCGCUCAUGCGCGGCGAAAAGGCGCCUGGCCGGGACUACCGCUGGAUGGUGGGGAUGCGCCUCAAGAACGAGGCCGGCGCGCGCCCCAAGCGCCACGCGCGCCUCGCCGCCUACCGCGCCGUCGCCCUCCCGCAGUGCCUCGGCCUCGGCGACGACGGCAGGUGGCGCUGGCAGCACAUCCCCCUCGCACUGCUCGCGGGUUUCAAGCUCACCGCCUCCGCCCUCCCUGCCUCACCCGCCACAACCGCCACCACUGCUACCGCUGGCAGCAGCAUUGGCGUAGGGAAGGGGGAGGUGGGAGGCGCAGCGGGUGCGGGCCUGGGCGGUGAGCGACGGGCGUCCACUGUGUGGUCUGCGUCUGUGACGCCGCAUGUGCGGCUGCAGGUGCUCACACCGCUGCUGGGCAAGAUAGCGCUGCGGCCGUGGUUGGACGUGCUGCCGCGGCCCGCUGUGUGCAUCAAGCGCUCCUUCAACGUGGGCACGGCCAAGCUCUCCCUGCGCGCCAAGCUGCAGGCGGAGGGCGACGCUUGGCGCAUGCGACUGCCAUCGUGGACGCUGCAGCUCGACUGGCGGCCCGCUGACUCGGUGCGGGUACAGAGGGAGGGGCAGCAGGAGGACUCGAUAACGCUCAAGUACACCAAGGGCUUCCACAUCUCGCGAGACUGCAGAGGGGUGGUGUCGGGGCUGAUGGAGCUGCCGUGCCGCAUCUCCUCGGUGCACUCGGCGCCGCUCUUCUCGCUGUUCCCGCGCAAGUUCGGCCUCGAGUCGCUGCGCCUCACACAAGUCAUCGGCACCAGGGCCCCUCGCGAUCCGCCGCUAUCCACGCGGCGGUACCUGCAGGCGGCGCAGCACAUCGGGCGCAGUGACGCCAUCUCCGUGGUGCCGGGCCACUGGAUCGACCCAGGCUUCGAGCCCGGCGCGCCGGGGGAGCGGGAGUUUAACCUCGAGGUGGCGGAUGCGUUAGAGCGGCAGCUGAGGAGCACGGGGUGGGAUGUGCUGCGGCCAGACAGGGAUGCCCCCAACUUGCAGUGGGAGCAGUACCUCAACUGGGUCUCCACUCAGACCAUGAGGGGCGUGCCGGUGAUAGAGAUUCACGGCCAGGGUUCCAAUGCGGACUACAGGGGGUUUGUGCUGGGGGUCAUAGGCGACAAAGACACUCCUCUCAACAAGGAGCUGGCGCGCAAGUUUGGGCACUUUGCGAUGGACUGGAGGGAGCUCGCCGUGCCCAGGCGGGGAGGCACCAUCGUCGAGAGCUUCAACUCCGAUGAGGUGUUGCAGAUGGCCCCGUGGCACCGCCAGUGGGCCGUCAGCCGGCUAGCCAACCGUAUUGCGACAUGUGUGGAGCGCGCCAGUGCCCCCAACAGGAUGGCUCGCGGCGUGCACGUGCCGGCAUCUCUCCUGAGCGAUGCUGCCUAUGACCGCGACCUCAUUCCCGAGCCCGGCAGCCCUUUGGCCACGCCCCGCUCGCCCUAUGGCACCUCUGGCAGCAGCAGCAGCAGCAGCAGCAGUGGCAUGAGCGGUGCAGCAGGGCAUCACUAUAGUCACAGUAGGCUCUGGGCUGUGCCUGAUUUGCCAGACAGUAUAGAGCAGCGGACGCAGCAGAUGAGUGGGGUAGAGAAGAGGCAGCAGGCGCCCCUGUGGAGGGGCCUUGUGUGGCCAUGGCAACGCAAGGCGCAGCAGCGGGAAGGGGGGAAGAGGCGAGGCUGGUUUGAGCAAGAGUGAUGGCCGAUAUUGUUGCAACGGGUUCAAUAUGAAGCCAGGGUGGUGCACUUGGGGCUUGUCAUCUCAUGUACGUUUUGUUUCAGAAUGUGGCUACCAGGGCGCCUGCUGCCUCUCAUGUACGUUUUGUUUCAGAAUGUGGCUACCGGGGCAGCAGGCGCCCCUGUGGAGGUUACAUGUAUCAGAAAGAAAAUUAUUGAAAUAGAAUGUGUGCAAAAAA